GCGCAGGUGGCAACGAUAAAUCAAAGCAAAUUCACUGCACUUCAAGGGAUCAAUGGUCAGAUUCUCUUCGUGUCGAAGGCCAUCGCUCGGGCAAUGGAGAGGCGUGACUGUUUACAUAGAAAUUCCAGCAACGCCGGGAGGGUUUGGGAAGGACCGGUGGGAGCCGGCAAUCCAUUGGCCAUCCAAGAUGGCCGCCACCCGCGGACUACAACUCCCGGCGGGCAGCGCACCGGAGGUUGCCAUGUCUCCGAGCGGCGGGUGAGAAAGACGCCGCCCAUUGGACAGCGCCGGGGUUAUGGGGCGGGCCGCAGCCCUGCUAUUGGUUGUUGCGGCUGCCGCGUGACGUACCGCCCAUUGGCCGGUCCGCCCCGCGGGUCCGUUGGUACAGGGGCGCGGCGAUUGGUCGGAAGCCGGAAUGACGGGAAGGCGGCUGCCUGGGUUGGGCGGUUUCCGCUGGUGGGCGGACGAACGACGCCGCCGAUUGGCCGGUCCGCUGUGGGUCGGAUGGAACGGGGGCGCGGUGAUUGGUCAGAAGCCGUGAUGACGGCCGCCCUCUGCUCUGUCCUGGAGAGUCCUGCUGACCGCCCCGAGCUACGGGCGACAUGCGACCGGGUGAUCCGAGCCUGCAUCCAGCGCCUGGGCUCGUGCUCGGGCGAAGCCCAUCGGGGUCACCUCGCUUCCCUGCUGCGGCUGGCCGAGCUGGCGUCGGACGGUCACCGCUGCUCGGCCGGGGGGAUCGGCGGGGGGUCCCCGCUCUACCUGGAAAGACUCCUCUUCCACCUGCUGCGCUCGGCCUGCUCAUGCGGCCUGGGGCCCUCCUGCGGCCCCCUCUCGGACCGGCUGCUCUCCGGCCUCUCGGCGUGCCCCGGCCGGGAGGAGGAGGUGGCUGGGGUGGGGCGCUCCGCUUUCGCCCUGCUCUGGGGAGCAGCCUCCUCCCUGCCCCCGGGGCCCGGGCUCUCCCUCAGGCUCCGGGCCCUGCCUUUCCUCACCCCGGAGCCGUCCCCUUCCCCCCUGCUACCGCGGUUCAUCCAGGCCUGUCGCCUCUACCUGACGGAGGAGGGAGGAGGAGGAGGAGGGGGGGAGUCCCGGGGGUCCCACCUUGUCCUGGAGACCCAGGGCCUCCUCGGGGUCCUGCUGAAGGGCCCCUGGCCCCCGUCCCCUGGACGAGACCAGCUCCGGCCCCUCCUCUCCUGUCAGCUGGCCCUCCAGGCCGCCACGGCCCUGAGCCGCAGCGGUUGCCCCUCCGAGGCCCGGCGGCUGCUGUCUGCGGCCCGCUCUCUCCUCCGCCAGUCUGGGGAGGGGGAAGGGGGACCCUUCCUCACCGCCCUGCGCCUGUCCUCGCUUUCCCCCGGCCUCCGCGGCCCCCCGUCCGCCCUGGCCCAGGCCCUGGCCCGGGCCCUGGGGGCCCUGCGCUUGCUGGGAGCCGACGCGGGCUCCCCUGGGAGACGGGCCCUGGCCGACGGGUGCGGGUUCUUGCUGUCGGGGGUGCGGCUGGUGGCUGGGGGCGGUGGCGGGGAGAAGGCCCCCCCACUGAGGACAGAGGAGCUGCUGCAGCUGGCCAGGUUUCUGCACGUCUACCUGGAGCAGGAAAUGUCGAGUUUUUCGGACGCUGCGUCCCUGAAGCAGUGCUAUCAGAACCUGGAAUUCUUCACCCGCGCGGUCUACGAUUUCCUGCUGGAGCCUCAGGAUGAGGACUCCGAUCGUGCUGUCAAGUUGCUGGUUCCGUGUAAAGAAAUUGUGGAGAAGAUGGUGGAGUUGGAAGAGGAUCUGGUCGCUCAGGGACAGAUGGAUUACGUCGGUGCAACAGCGUUGCGCCUCUAUAACUUGGCCUAUGGGUUUUACUGCCGGAAGCUGUUCUCCGAGGCUGUCCAAGUGGCCGUGGUGUUCCGUGGCUCUUCCCAGCCGCCUGAUCUGUUCGCCCGUUCGUCUCUCCCUCUGGAUCGGGUGCCCAGGUUCUACAAGCUGCUGGUACAGUGCUACCGGAAGCUGGGGAGCCUGGAGAGUGCCAUGGAGAUCGUGGCCAUGUGGCUGAUGGCCCUGGGCGAUCGGAAGGGUGAGGGGUUGACAGAGCCGAUGGCCCUCUGGGCCUGUAUCAAAGCGGACGCGGUCAAGAGCGGCGCCGAGGAGCUGCAGCUCAGGACACUGAAGGACGCCCUGCAGCCGUGGGAGCUGGAGCCUGGCUCGCUCUCGACGCUGCUGCUCGAGGAGCUGAGGGCCUACAAGGGGCUACAGGGGGACACUUCCCGGGAGCGUUUCAACGUGAUCUGUGACCUGCUGCAGCUGUGCUCGCCCGAGGGCCGCGAGAGCGAUGGAGAGGGGGGGUCCGGGACACAGCAGCUACGGGCUGUCCAGCUGCUGGAGCUGGCUCAGAUCCUGUGUUACCGGGACAUGAGUCAGUACACCGAGUGCUCUCCGAUGGACUGUGUGGAGGAAGCCCUGACCAUACUGGGAUCCCUGCCGGAGACAGCGGAAAACCGGGAUCAGCUUCUCGAUGACAAAGCCCACGCCUACCUCUGGCGAUACGUGUGUGACCUGGAGGGGCGGAUCCGGGAGAGUGUUGAGAGGAGUCGGAGGGUCGGCCCGGUGCCAGAGGGUGUAUCAGAGCCGGAGGACGGAGAGACGAACGACCUGGACUACGAGGAGAGGCAGCACGGAGCCAUGUCUGUGCACGACUGCAUCGAUUUCAACCUGAGCGCCGAGAACAAACGUUGCGAGUCCCUGGAUGAGGCGCUCUCCCUGUGGAAGUGCCUCCUGUCUGAGUCUCGUUCCCCUGCCCUGCGGAGCGCCGAGCAGACGGCCCACGCUGUCCUCCUCAUGGCCGCCCUCUACAGGCUGAUGGACAAGCCGUUCCAGGUCAUUGAGAGUUACGGGUUGAUGCUGCGUUUGUUGGACCCUUGCACAGACUCGCUGCCCCUCGCUAACGUACUGCUCCAGCUCGGGGAGACACUCUUGUCGGUCGAUUGUCUGGACGAGGUGCAGACCUGCCUGGCCCGGGCGGAGCUCUUACUGAAGGAGGAUAACUCUGGUAAAGGUGACCACCACCUCCUGGCAAAGACGACCUGCACCCUCCUUCGCAGCCAACUGCUGUUGGCCACAUCCCAGGUUCCUGAAGGCCUGACCCCCCUCCUCGAGGUCCUGACCUGCCCGUCCCUUCACAAAUCAUCCAAGGCCUGGUACCUGCUCAAAGCCAAGGUCCAGCAGCUGGUAGCUGCGUACCUGAGCCUGCCACCAUCUGCUCUGCCUGCCUCCCUGCGCCGCCGCCUCCAGCAGCAUGGAUGGAGGAGCCCAGAGUCAGCGCUGACUGAUGCUCACAAGAUGCUGUGUGGGAUCGUCAUGUUGGUAUGUCCCGGAGUUCUGUCCUUUGGGAAGAGAAGCUCUGAGCUGAACUGUCCAGCCAGCCCAG